CGGCUUCUGCUUGUCGCCCCAAGAUGGCGGACACAAUGAGCCGGCGCGGCGCCGGUUGCCCCUGAGGCGGCUCUGAGGACGAACAGUCAUCUAGGACCCACAGUCCAGGCAGAAGAGCGUUGCUCAAGCAGGAGGAAGAGGAGGAGGCGGCCCAACUGUCGUCUGCCCUCCCGCCGGCCCGGCGCCCGCCCCGCCCGGGUUGGCCCCUCAGCAGCCCGCCCGCUCGCUCGCCGCCGGGCCCCGCCCCGGCCCUGCGCCGCCGCUACCUCCAGCAGCCGCCGCCAUGAAGCUGACCGACAGCGUGCUGCGGAGCUUCCGCGUCGCCAAGGUGUUCCGCGAGAACUCGGACAAGAUUAACUGCUUCGAUUUCAGCCCUAACGGCGAGACGGUUAUCUCGAGCAGCGACGACGACUCCAUCGUGCUCUAUGACUGCCAGGAGGGCAAACCAAAGAGAACCCUGUACAGUAAGAAAUACGGCGUGGACCUCAUCAGAUACACUCAUGCAGCAAACACAGUUGUUUACAGCUCUAACAAAAUAGACGAUACUAUUCGUUACCUGUCCUUGCAUGACAACAAAUACAUCAGAUACUUUCCUGGACAUAGCAAAAGGGUGGUGGCCUUAUCCAUGUCACCUGUGGAUGAUACUUUCAUUUCUGGGUCUCUUGAUAAGACCAUUCGACUCUGGGAUCUCCGGUCUCCUAACUGCCAGGGCCUCAUGCAUCUACAGGGCAAGCCAGUUUGUUCUUUUGAUCCAGAAGGGUUAAUUUUUGCUGCAGGUGUCAACUCUGAAAUGGUCAAACUUUAUGACCUUCGUUCUUUUGAUAAGGGGCCAUUUGCAACCUUUAAGAUGCAGUAUGAUCGGACUUGUGAAUGGACAGGACUUAAGUUCAGCAAUGAUGGCAAGCUCAUCCUCAUCUCCACCAAUGGCAGCUUCAUUCGUCUUAUCGAUGCAUUCAAGGGAGUGGUGAUGCAUACGUUUGGGGGUUAUGCCAACAGCAAAGCUGUCACACUGGAGGCUUCGUUUACUCCAGACUCUCAAUUUAUUAUGAUUGGUUCAGAGGAUGGCAAGAUCCAUGUUUGGAAUGGAGAGAGCGGUAUAAAAGUGGCUGUGUUAGAUGGUAAACACACCGGCCCCAUUACCUGUUUGCAGUUCAACCCCAAGUUCAUGACCUUUGCCAGCGCAUGUUCCAACAUGGCCUUCUGGUUGCCCACCAUUGAUGACUGACCCUGAUGCUGCUCGGCUAUUUCUGUACAGUGAGGGCGGCCAGUAGGAGAAAACUCAGAGGGGACUGAGAUAAUAGUGGGAUUGGAUCAUUUGACUGGGCUGGAGAACAUCCUUUCACAUGGCCUUCGCAUCGAUGUGCUGUCCUUUCACAUGGCCUACCCAUUGGUGUGCUGUACAUCUGCGCAAAAGAAAAAAAUGACUUUGCUGAGCUUCUUCAAAAGGACUCUUGGUGCAGCAGACUUAGUUGGGACUUAGCUUUUCUAGUUGUCACUGCACCAAGCUCCUCCAGAGGAGUGACCAGACUCGUGAUUAGGGUAUAGUGGGGCUCUCAAGGCACCUUCAAUUUUGAAUGUAUUUGCUGCUGAAGAGCCAGUGAAGUUGUCAGUUCUGCACAUCUCUUCUCCCACCCCCAUAAUGCAUGGGAAGCCACGGUCUUGGUUUUGGGAUGCUAGGGCAGCUCAGCACCCCUUGCCCUCACCCUGCAUGUCUUGUUACUGGGUCUCCCUGUGUAAUUGUGGCAUUAUUCCACAGCCAUCAUGUUUCUUAGGUGCCAAACAUUUACAGAAAUAAGUCUUCAUAUAUUUUGGGGUCAAAGAAAGGGACAGGGAUACAGAAGGACCUUGCUUGUCAGGAAGCUGUGCAGUUACUCAUGUGAGGGUAGGUGUUCUGGGCAGGCCUUGGGCUCUGGGUAUUGGGUGGGAAAAGGCCCAAGAGCCUGAAAGGGAGGAAGGGGGGUAGUAGGUGAGUUCUUUGCAGUACCCUGUCAUCUAGACAAACCCGUGGUCCUCCUGGAUGCCUACUGAGCUUGGUUUGUACAAAAGCAAGGUGGGAGUCUGUUUUUGUACAUGAGAUACAUCACGCUUUCCUGUGGGCCAGUAUUGUGAAGUGAGUCUGAGUUGUUUACACUGAUGCCUUCCCUGCCGACCACAAAUUGUGUACAUAGUCUCCAGAUGAUACCACCCCUCUCCCCAGCUCCCAACCAAGAGCUGGUUCUAGGCCUGUGUUAUAUGUUAUAUUUAGCCUUUUUAUAUAUGACCUUUGAUUUCUGUUGUUUGUAUUUUAGCACAGUGUGUACACCUGCAUUUAAAUAUAUCUGUGCAUACAUAUAUGCAUAUAUGUGUAUGUAUGCGCAUAUAUAUAUCUCUCAUUUGUAGUUUCUGAGAGUUCAGCUGAAGGAGUUAGAGUCCUACAGCCUGGGGGAAAGACUGCAUCCUUGCUAAUAGUGUUUGCCACAAGUGUUAGUGAGUCUUCCCUAUUACCAUUUGCCCUUGGGGAGACUAAAGGAAGCAAAGUUUCUAGUGUUUGCUGUUUCCAUGGCAGCUAAGUGAGGAUCUUGGGAUGAUUCCCUGUUCCUCAAGCCGCACUUUGGGGCCCUUUCUGCAGUAUUAGCCCCCUUUUUGCCCAGUGAUGCUUUGUCUGCACCUGUUAAUGUGUGUGACAGUCAUUCUUGCAUGGCUUCUGUGUCUGGCUUGCGGCAUUUAGGACAGGAUGCUGGAACCAGAGCAUUUUCAGUUUGUCUGCGGCUUCUUUGCCAAUUACAGAUCACUCCCAUUUACCUGAUAUGUCUGCUUUCUUGCUGCUUUUCCUUGCUUUCUCUUCGGAGAGGAAGGGGCUCUAGCCAGGCCCAGGUUAAAAUGAGUUGCAGUGGGCCUAUGGCCUUUUCCCCUGCAUGGCCUUCUUAGAGCAAACCGAGUGGCAUGUGAUUUUACUAAGUUCCCAAACAACAUUUAUGCAGGUAACACUCCCUGCAGAUAUAUAAACUGAGGCUCAACAAGGUUAUGACUUACCCAAGAAUAUAUAGCUGCUAGGAAAUAAAUUAGGCCAUCACUGCUUCUGUUUAGCAGCAGGAAUAGGCUGUGAAUUCCUACCACUUUCUUUUUUUAAGCAAUUACUUUUUGACUUGUUCCUCCAACCGAAAGUACAAGAGGUAUACAGCUUUCCCAAAUGUAGACCAGAAUCUGCAGCUGCCACGAUGCCACCUACUGUGUAGCUCUGCCUUCCCAGAGUGGAGGGACUUAAGAAACCAAAUGAUCUGAGCUGUUACUGCCCACCUCUGGCUUUGCAGGCAGAAAAUUCAUGAGAAGAGUAAUUGUUCAGAGAAUGCUUGGAACUGUGGGUUAACAAGAAAGGCUGCAUAACUUGACAUACCCGCAACCAGAGCAGCCACCAACCCUGACUUGCCCAGCAGCAGGAAGAUGAUUUGUAUUUGAGUUUCUAUGUGUCCAAAACUGAAGGUACCACGUUCUUUGAAAACAUGCCUCCUCAUGGCCUCUAUUUCUGGGUCCUGUGGCUACAAAGCUGGCUCCUGAGUUGGGAGGAAAGGUAAAAGAUGCAGUUAGAAGUGACUGGAGGGGAUGUGGUGGAGGGGACAAGGCAGAAGAGAGGCUGAGAGCUGAGCUGCACAGAUGCCCUCAGAAGGGGCCAGAGGCACUCAAGCUCUCCUGGGGGGAGGGGCUGCUCACCACCUUCUUAAGAGUCAGGGCCAAAGCCACUGAUUCAUAUUUGACAGUGACACUGCACUUGCUCAACCACCAGCCAGAGGGGUAUUUUUUUUUUAUUGUUCCCUGUUGCAAUUGUAAUUACUGCUUAUUAAGGAAAAUUUGGGAAUUUUACGAAGAAUCACCCAACUGCUACCACUGUUAAUCUUCUGGUGUUAAAUGUUCCUCUAGACAUUUCUGUGCAUAGAUUUUUGGUGUGUUUACACAGUUGUUAUUCUAUUGUAUAUACAAUUUUAUGUCCCUUUUGUACUUAACAUAUAAACAUUUUUUCCAUGUUAA